CUUCGGGCCUUUGUUUACUCCGCGCCGUGCAGUCAUCAGUUUCAUCGACGAUACGGCGGUUGUCUUCGACAACCUGAUCAGGACAAUAUCGCAUCGCAUUGCAUCUGCAGACAUUGACGACUGUUAAGACUUAUGACGCUUAGUUUAAGAAUGUCUUAAGUUUCCCGUGGACUCGACCGUCAGCGACCGAGAUUUCACCCAUCCCCUAAUUAACUCGAACAUAACGUAGUCGACACACCUUCGCAGAGGUAUCAUCAUGCCUGCUCGAGUUUCCGCCCGUUCUAGCAGCACCACCGCGCGCAGAUCGUCUGCGCAGCCAUCUGGGCGCGCGGGAUCUGUUGCGCCCUCAGUCGUUCCGGAAGAACCUGCGCCGCCUAGCACUUCGCCCUCCUUGCGCCGGGAUGUUUGCACGAUAUUUGCCGAUUCCCAGCGCUCUACUACAGUUCACCGGAAGCUGGUUGUUCGACUGCGGAAGAUACAAGAGACUUGUUGUGGAAUAGUGGCCAAGAAAGGAAAGACGGGCAAGAAAGGCCCGGAUGGACAGAACGAGCCGGAGGAAUAUAUCCUACCAGAAGAACAGACGGAGGCCGAGAAAGAGUUCAACGUCGAGAUAAGCAGGUGUAUACUGCGUCUGGUUCCUAUCAAGAAGUCGGAGCCUGUUGGAGAUCGCGUAAUCCGCUUUUUGGGACUGUUUGUGGCUCACGCAUCAGAAAAGGAAACGCGGAUAUUUGCGCCCGCAGAUGAGGACGACACGUUCCCAGAGACCCCUACGGCACGGCUGAUACAUCAUGUUAUCUCAAUCAUGACCCCGCUGCUGGCAGCGAAAGACAAGACUGUGCGAUACCGUACAACACAAAUCAUAUCUCACAUCAUCAAUUCCGUCGACUCGAUCGAUGAUGAGCUUUACCAUCUGAUCCGCCAGGCCCUUCUGAAGCGGAUCAGAGAUAAGGAGCCUACGGUUAGGGUACAGGCGGUCCUGGGUCUGGGACGUCUGGCUGGAAACGACGCAGAAGAGGAUGACGAUGACGAUGGAGGAGCCGCUCUACUUGAGAAGCUAAUUGAUAUUCUGCAGAAUGACACUAGUGCGGAAGUGCGCAAGACACUGCUUCUUAAUCUGCCGCUCUCAGCUUCCACUUUGCCCUAUCUCCUCGAACGUGCCCGUGACCUCGAUGCAGCCACCAGACGUGCACUGUACGCGAGACUACUCCCCACGUUGGGAGACUUCCGUCAUUUGUCAUUGUCUAUGCGCGAGAAGCUCCUCAGAUGGGGUCUUCGAGACCGUGACGAUAAUGUUAAGAAAGCGGCGGGCAAACUAUUUUAUGAGCGAUGGAUCGAAGACUGUGCUGGGAAGAGAGAUGAUGCGGAACAAGGAGGCCCAGUGGGCCAGCUGUCGCCUCCAAAUCUUUCCGCGCUCUUGGAGCUGCUGGAGAGAAUCGACGUGAUCAACUCCGGUAUGGAGGGCGGUGUUGCGCACGAAGCGAUGAAGAGCUUCUGGGAAGGUCGCCCUGAUUAUCGAGAAGAGAUUCUCUUUGAUGAAGCGUUCUGGGAUACGCUUACUGCGGAAUCCGCGUUUCUGGCGCGCAGCUUCAAUGAUUUCUGCCGACUGGAGAACGACGGAAAAUACGAAUCCCUGGGCGAUGAGAAGAUGCCAGAAGUGACAGCUCUGGCUUAUUUCUUAUCGAAAUACACUACAGCCCUCCUGGAGAAGAUCAAAAAUGCCAAGGAGAUGGGCGAGGGUAAUGAGGAAGACACGGUGGAGAAUGAAUUUAUCGUUGAACAGCUCCUUCAUAUCGCUCUCACUUUGGACUACAGUGAUGAAGUCGGAAGGCGGAAGAUGUUCUCGCUUCUACGGGAGACACUGGCCGUUGCAGACUUGCCUGAAGAGUGCACGAAGCUCACAGUGGAAGUCUUGAGAGCCGUCUGUGGGCCCGAUGCUGCGGGAGAAAGCGAGUUCUGCGGUGUGGUUCUUGAAGCAGUUGCAGAGGUCCACGAUAAUAUCAUGACGGAGGAUAGCUUCGUUUCCGCCAAGUCUGAACUGAGUGACGAUGCUUCAAGCCGUCAUCGAUCCGAGACUCCUGAUCAGCCUUUCGAUAAAGAACAGGCCAAGGCUAAGAUUCUCCGAGAGAUCGUUAUCAACAUGAAGUGCCUGCAUAUCGCCCAGUGCAUGCUCCAAAAUGUGGAGGGCAAUCUGCAGAAGAACAUGCAUUUAGUCACCAUGUUGAAUAACCUCGUGGUUCCGGCUGUUCGGAGUCAUGAAGCGCCUAUCAGAGAAAGGGGACUGGAAUGUUUGGGUCUCUGCUGUCUACUUGACAAGACCCUCGCAGAAGAGAACAUGAUUCUCUUUAUCCAUUGCUAUAGCAAGGGACACGAAGCUCUCCAAGUGACCGCGCUACAAAUCCUUUCGGACAUGCUCACGACCCAUCCCACCCUGCUUCUUCCUGUUGCUCAGCCGGAUGGCGACACUGUAUCCCCGCCGGUUUUCCAGAAAUCACUCUUGAAGGCGUUUUCAAGGGCCCUGAAAGCCAAUUCGCCAGCCUCGGUUCAGACUUCUGCAGCCACAGCUCUUUCGAAGCUUCUGCUCACCAACACUUUCUCGCCCUCUGGACCUAAUAUCCCCCCUGCUAUCAAAGAACUGAACGAGUCUGCCAUCGAGACCCUCCUACAGUCCCUGGUGGUUUCGUUCUUCCACCCACGAACUCGGGAAAAUCCUGCACUGAGACAGGCUCUUGCCUACUUCUUCCCCGUCUAUUGCCAUUCUCGUCUGGCCAACACGGAGCAUAUGCGCCGGAUAGCUGUACCGGUAGUCCGGGCGGUUCUCCACGCAGCAGAGGAGUACUUCUCUCUCGAAGCAGAGGAAGAUAGCGAUGGCGACAUCGACGAGAGCCUCGCUGAGCGAGAAGUCAAGGCUCUCAUGACCGGAGUCGUUGGUAUGCUUGUUGAAUGGACUGAUGAGCGACGAGUGGUUGGCCUGGGAGGAGAACGGGUGCUCGCGGGAGGCGCGGCCAGUUCCAGUGCUUGCGGCUUUGUGCACUUGGCGCUGGUGAAGGAUAUUCUAGAGCGCGUUCUUGGAGUAAGCGCAGGUGCUCCGAAGUGCACAAGGGAAGAGAAGAAACUGUUGUUUUCGAUUGUAAGCAAGGUGCAUAUUGCACCACCCUCGGCACCGGCGGCGUCCUCGAGAGCUGGCUCGCGUGCUGGCUCUCGUGCACCUGAGGGUGAAGAUCCAUUCCGCUCCAGCACACGCAGUGCUACGACUGAGAUCGAUGCCGAUCAAGCCAAGCUUGCAGAGGAAACCAAGGAGCUCCUCGACGAGGCCAUUGAGGAGAAUGUCGCAGUGGAUGCCUCCAGCAGAAACGCCCUCGUAAAGGUCAAGAACUCCGUCCUGAAGAUCCUCACCAUGCGGGCCAUGAAGGAGGCCGAACGCAACACCAGGGAACGUUCGGCGACUGCAGAGACAGACUUCACGGAUGCACGACAAUCUGUCGAACCCGCCGGGGAUAUCCGCCCCACCACAGAGAUGGAACUGAGCGUGAUUCAAGAAGAAGAGGACGAUGAGGAGAGCCGAGAAACGAUGAUCAAGGUUGAGAAUGAGGAUGCGUGACGAGUAAUAUUCCUUUGACCUUUGGCUUUUUCUUUCCCUCAGUUAGCAUCUACUUUCCGACAUGCGACGGGCUCUUUGGAUCGGGAUUUUCUAGGUUAUGGGCAUGUUUUGAUCUUCUUCGGAUUGAAUGAACACAACGCUAUUGUUUUAAUGCUAUCGUUCCGUUAUACCUCUACCAAUAUCAUAGUUGCCUUAUUUUUCUUAUUUUAGCCUGCAGGACAACCCACACCUUCACGUAGGAUAUUCUAGAGGCUCGAAUGCAGGGAAACCAUAUAGGUAAAGCAAACUAAAG